AUGCGCGGACCCUGCCAGAUCCGCGGCCUCUCCUGUCGUAACCACGCCGUGCACGCCUCCCCGCGACCGAACGCGGCCGCACAGCGCCAGAUCCGCCGCGACCGCUCGCUGCACAUCCGGCCGUCCCUGGCAGAACCGAUCAGGCCGAGUCAAGCAAGCGAGGAGGAGGCCCAGUUUAAGAACAGGCCCAUUAGGCCUGCGAACCAGAGACCGACCAAAUCGGAUCAGAACGCCGCUCAGCGGCUGAUCCGAGCCGUCCACCCGCUAGGGUUUCCCCCCUUCCCAGCACCCCACCCCUAUAAAGUACGAGUCCAGAGCCCCCGCCGCCAACAAUCUACGGAGAUCGGGAUCGUCCACACCCUUCCGCCGCCGCCGCCGCCGCCGCCGCGAAAAGGAGAGCGAGGCCGACUCCGCCGCCGCGAUGAGGGCCAAGUGGAAGAAGAAGAGGAUGAGGAGGCUCAAAAGGAAGCGCCGAAAGAUGAGGCAGCGAUCCAAGUAGGCGCCUUGGAGUUGGGGAAGCAUCAUCCUACAUCCAGGCUGCCAGGCAUCGAGGGAGGACGGCAUGGUCUAGUGAUUCCUGGCGUGUUUGCUGAUAUGGCUGUGAAGCUGUUUUACCUGUGUUCUGUCCAAUUUAGCUGUUUAAUGCUAGUCUGGUUUUGUUCCAAGACUGAGUUUUAUGUAAUGUGGGAUUAUAUGUGUUUGUGACUGAAUUUUAUGCAGCUAUUAAUUUUGCAGUACUCUUGAUAUAUGUAA